UUCUCUCGCGCGCGCGCUGCGUUCAGUACAGUGCGUCGCGUUACAAAGCUCUGAUCAAGUGUCAGCCCCACAGACCCUCUGAAAUCUAAUCUGACUUCAAACCGGCAUAUGCGGAUGCUGGAAGCUCGUUUUACUUCUGAACACGUUGUGUCUUUUGGUUUUUAAUAGAUUGUAAAGGAUUAUUGCUGUAGCUGUUGUUUAAUGUACAGUUAUAGCUUUAGGAAAAUAUAUGUUCAGUAUUGAAUCGGACCGUUCUGCGCUUCUGUAACCAACAAAGGAUUAACUCAUUCAAUAAGUUCAAUUUGAGAGCUGUCAGAAGGGUUUAAUCAUGUCUUUGGUUGCUGAUUUAUACAGAGGUGGUCCUAAAGCAGGUAUGACGGAGUUUCAGGAGAAGCAGAGACUGCAGCAUGAGACCUUCAUGCACAAAGAGCUGGAGAAACUCCUGACCACUGCCAAGACGCCAGAAGUGGAGAUCUCCAGGAAGGACUUUGAGGGCUUCAAGAAGCUAUUUCACAAUUUCCUUCAGGCGAAGGGACCAUCCGUGGACUGGGCCAAGAUCCAGAGACCACCUGAGGACUCGAUCCAGCCCUAUGAGAAGAUUAAGUUGAAGGGCCUUCCUGCCGACGUGGCGUCCAGUCUUAAUAAACUGGCCGUGCUGAAACUGAACGGAGGUCUGGGAACCAGCAUGGGCUGCAAAGGACCCAAGAGUCUCAUCAGCGUCCGCAGCGAAAACACUUUCCUGGACCUGACCGUCCAGCAGAUUGAGCAUUUAAACAAGACGUAUAAUGCAGACGUGCCACUGGUGCUCAUGAAUUCCUUCAACACAGAUGAAGACACCAACAAGAUCUUGCAGAAAUACACACAUCAUUGUGUGAAGAUACACACCUUCAACCAGAGCAGAUAUCCCAGAAUCAAUAAGGAGUCUUUGUUGCCAGUGGCCACUAACAUAGGCCUGACGGGCGAGAACGCAGAAGCCUGGUACCCGCCCGGCCACGGAGACAUCUACGCCAGCUUUUACAACUCAGGACUGCUGGACAAGCUCAUCGCUGAAGGGAAGGAGUACAUCUUUGUGUCCAACAUCGAUAACUUGGGUGCCACGGUGGACCUGCACAUCCUAAACCACCUCAUGAGCCAACCCAGUGGAAAACGGUGCGAGUUCGUCAUGGAAGUCACAGACAAGACCAGAGCUGACGUAAAGGGUGGUACCCUGACGCAGUUUGACGGUAAACUCAGGCUGCUGGAGAUCGCCCAGGUGCCCAAAGCUCACGUGGACGAGUUCAAAUCCGUCACCAAGUUCAAGAUCUUCAACACCAACAACUUGUGGAUCAGCCUGCCAGCCAUCAAAAGACUUCACGAGCAGAACGCAAUGGACAUGGAGAUCAUUGUUAACCCCAAGACUUUAGAUGGCGGGCUGAACGUGAUUCAGCUAGAGACAGCAGUCGGCGCUGCCAUGAAGAGUUUCGACAACGCGCUGGGCAUCAACGUUCCUCGUAGCCGUUUCCUGCCCGUCAAAACCACCUCUGACCUCCUAUUGGUCAUGUCUAAUCUAUACAGCAUGGAGGUGGGGUCUCUGACCAUGAGUCCCAAGAGAGAGUUUACCACGACACCUCAUGUCAAACUGGGCAGCUCCUUCACCAAAGUUCAAGACUUCCUGAAACGGGUCGAGAGCAUUCCCGACAUGCUAGAACUGGACCACCUCACUGUGUCGGGAGAUGUUACUUUUGGAAAAGAAGUAACACUCAAGGGGACUGUUAUCAUUAUUGCUAAUCAUGGAGACAGAAUCGACAUCCCAGCUGGAGCAAUGCUGGAGAACAAGAUUGUUUCAGGAAACCUGCGCAUCCUGGACCACUGAGGCCAUAACAACCAAAAUGCAACCAUUGCACAGACUUCAUGUUCAACAUGUCGUCUGGACUGUUGCAGGCUGUGUGUGUAUAUGAGUGAUGUCAUCUAUACUGUCCAUAUGAUUAGGAUAAGUACCAUUUAAUAAGGUAUUUUUUGUAUAGUUGGUUUUUACUGCUGUGUCUCUCACUCGGUGAUAUUACAGUUAAGUGGCACGUCACAGCAAAUGUUCCUUUAAAGACUGUUCACAGAUCAGCUGUAAUUGAUACAUGGUAGAUCAUCGAUACAAAUACAUGAGAAAAUAAUGCAAAAAUAUUUAACUGAAAUCACUGUUGUUUCAAACCCACAUGUCUACAUUUCAGUCUGUGCCUCACACUAAGUGGUAUAGAUUAUAUAAAUUUAUGCAUUUGGCAGACGCUUUUAUCCAAAGCGACUUACAUUGCAUUGUAUUUGACAUUUGUGCAAUCCCCUGGGAUCGGACCCAUGACUUGGCAUUGUCAUGCUCUUACCACUUGGCCACAGGAGAGCAUAUAUCUAUACCAGGAAUAAAGUCAUAUGGGUCACUUUUAUGGAUGUUUCUAGAGCUUUAUAGUUGUGUCCACUGUGUGACUUUCUGUCAAUAACUAAAAUUGCACUUAAGCAAGCACUUAUUGCAAGCAGAUAUGAAAUGAUCAGCCAUUCACAAGUUCUUUUAAAGACAAAUCUACAACAUGUAAGCAUAAGAAUCUGUUAUGCACUGUACAACAUUUUUAUUAAAUGAAUGGAUCACCGCAAACGUUUCAAAAUGACUUUACAUUUCACGGUUGAUUUGGAAAAACAUUUGUACAAAUAAAAAUAUAAAGGGUUUGUUGUA